AUGAAAACGGAAAAAGCAAUUGAACAGUAUGAAAGAGAAUCUUCAUCAACAAGCCGAAAAUUACCAACAGAAUGGUAUCAACAAGAGCCAUUGAACGAAUCAAAUGAAUACGAUGAACAACUAGUUGAGCAUAUUACAUUUGAGAAAGAAUUAGACAAUAUGGAAGAAGACACUUUAAGAAGACAACAUCCAUAUCCGCGCACGAUUCCAUCAUCACCUAUAAGAAUAACACCACUCUAUACAACUGUUAAUGAAAAUUUAACAGGAAAACAACAACAAGCAUUGUCAUCAAAGGUAAAUCUUAAUAAUAUUGAGUGUGAUGAUAAUAAUGUUUUCAAUGAUGUUGACAAGAGGUUUGAAGUUUUUAAUGAUCACCAUCAUGAACUUUCAAUUAGUAAUAGCUCUACAUGUAGUAGUAGCAAUACUAAUGCCGAAUGUUAUGAUGAUCACAUUCUUUUAAAUUGUAAUAAUUCUAACUUCAUUAAUUUAAAUGAUUUACAACUAACAACAAUAAGUCACUGUUCACCAACAAGUGAUUAUGAAACCGAUUCACUUGAUAAACAAAGUUCGUCUGAUAGUAAUACACGCACAUCGUUUUUUUUUACCACCGCUACAACAACAACAACAACAGCUGAUGAUGAUAAUAAAAUUCAAGAAGAACUGCAACAUACACAUACAAUUCCAUGCACAUCCUCCUCGUCUUCUAUCACGUCUCCAUUGUCCUCAUUACCCCCUCAAAAUCAACAAAAUAUUGUCGAUUUAUUAAAUGUAUUAGCAACGCAUGUGAGUGCAUUGCAUGUUCCACCAUCAAUACAAGAUUUACAAGAUGCUAGUUCACAUACGACUGCUGUAACUGCAGCUGACACAGUUGAACAAUUGAAUAAUGUUGCUAAAGAAUUAUUAAUCACAUUGGGUUUUGGUAAAGACGAAAAAAUACCUCUACCAUCAGUAUUUAUACCGUCCAAUGAUAAAUAUGUUACCACUAAUCUCGAACAGCAAUUACAAGCGUAUGAAACUACCACUGUGAUGCAAACGAAAAUGGACGAAACAACGGUAAAUAUUGAUAAUCAACAAUCAUCAACACAAGCUCAACAGGCGCAUGUUGUCAUUAACAACCCAUCUAAUAUUGAAUACAAAACUCCCGUUGUAAGAGAAAUUCCUCAUCAAGAAUAUCUGUCAAGUUUUAUGCACCAACUUGAUAAUAUUCCAGGUGUUGAACAACAAUUGUCUAUAAACACUUCACAAGAAAAUGAUACGAUCAAAUUAAGAACUGCUAUGUGUAAGGAAAUGAUGAAUCACGAGUACGUCGCACGUUUUAUGCAACAAUUACUUCCAUUCGAACCAAUUUCCAUUGCUACUCAAGCGUUAUAUGAAUCUGAGUGUAAGAAUAUGGAAAAAACAACCAAACAAUUGCUCUAUUCUGUCCAGAAUCGUAUGGAACAAUUUGAAAAUGCUGUAUUACUCUAUUCACACCGUUUACAGCAUGAUCUUGAUUUAUCUGAAAAUGAACAACAGUCAUUAAAUUUUCUUGAUGAACCAGCUCAAUUUUUGUUACCAGUUGUCAAUGAAAUUCCAAUAUACAGUACAAAUUUUUCUUACGAUUAUUCACUUGUUCCCCACGAUAGUAUACCACAUAUUGUUGUACCAUUGACACAUAAUUAUAAUGAUCAUUAUGUAAACAUCAAUUAUGCACAAACUCUGUUGUCAGGAACAUUAAAUAUGUUGAAAGAAAAUAUUGAUUUUAACAACGAUGAAGAGACCAAUAGUUUCAUGAAUCGUUCAAUUAAUCUCGAUAACACUGAACAUUAUCAUAUACAACCAUUAUAUUCGUAUCCCGAAACAUUUUAUGCACAAAUCACAGAGCCACCACAUUCAAUGGCAAUGGCAAAUCAAUCGAACUUAAACGACAAUAGUAAUGAUAGAUCAAAAUCAUUUAGUGAAAAUGAACAACUGAUUGACAGUUUAAAUAAAACAACCGUCGAAGAACAUGAACGUGUUUAUGCUACCAAAUCAGAAUAUACUGAGCUUAAUAAUGAACAAUCAAUAAAGAUCAAUGAUAGUCAAAUAUCAGAAAAAAAUUUAAAUAUAAUAAUAGUAAACAAACAAGAACAUGAAUGUAGUUCAAUGUUAGAAUACGAUGAGCAUGUUAAAGAAGAAACGAUUCGACAAUUAUUCUUAAAAAAUUUAUAUGUGCCUAUCGAAGAAGAAAAAGACAAGAAUGUACUAUCCAUGAAUAAAAAUGUUGUCUAUAAAUCGCCAACAUCUAAUGAACACAUUUUCACCGUAGAAAAUUCAAACAAGUCUACUGAUGAUAAUCGAAACCAUUGUGUUUCACAUUUAUCACCGUUAACUGAACAUGUACUCCAUACAACCUCUCAACCAUUUAUUAAUCUAUUAACAACAAUGGUAACAUCAGAUUCAGUGUACAAUAUUUCUGCAACAAGUCCCGAACAAUACCAACAAGCCAAUGAGUUAUUAUCUAUGGAACAAGAUAGUAUUGAGGAAAAUUUCAGUACUCAAUCAUCAAAAUUGAUCCAAACAAAUCAUCAAAAUAUCAGUUUUAUUUCAGACGAUACUAUAAAUCCAUCAGAAUUCAUAGCAGAAGUUCUGGAUAAUCGACAUGAGCAGCAUUUAAACAUUAGUCUGCUUCAGCUCUGCAUGUCAUCCACAGUUAAGUUUGAUAAUUAA